GGAUGGUGUCAGAACGAUUGAGGCGUGGUCAGAUCAAUAUCAAGAGAGAGAAAGAGAAAUGUGAAGAAGUGAGAGAAGAGAAGACAAGACAUCGAUGUCUGCUCUCUAUGCAGCAGCAGUAGCAGAAGCCUCAUCUCUUCUUCCUAUAAAACAUGUACUAAUUCAUCUUCUUCCAUUUCCAUGUGCAAUCUCAACUCAAAACCUCUGAUUCAUUAUUCCACUUCAGCUUUAUUUGAAAAAAAAUGUAUUCUGCAAUUCAUUCUCUAGCUCUCGACGGAGGUAUUGUUAGACACGGCGAUUAUCAGGUACCACUCGAUGCUACAAGCCUUUCCGGUGACGCUUGUGUUGUUUUAACAGCGGAUCCGAAGCCUAGACUUCGUUGGACAUCUGAACUGCAUGAGAGAUUCAUCGAUGCUGUUACUCAGCUCGGUGGUCCUGAUAAAGCAACUCCGAAAACGAUAUUGAGAACAAUGGGAGUGAAAGGCCUUACGCUUUAUCAUUUGAAAUCACACCUUCAGAAAUACCGACUGGGAAAGCAAGCUGGUAAGGAAGUACCUGAUAAUUCCAAAGAUGAGAGUCAGGAUACAGGUUCAUCUACACCAACAUCCACAAAAGUAGGUCAAGAUUUGAAUGAAGGCUACCAGGUUACUGAAGCUUUGCGAGUUCAGAUGGAAGUUCAAUGCAGAUUGCAUGAGCAAUUGGAGGUUCAACGACACCUCCAGCUUCGGAUGGAAGCACAGGGGAAGUAUCUGCAAUCAAUGUUUGAUAAAGCUUGUAAAGCUCUAACUGAUCAAACCACAAUAAUAGAAGAGGAGAAUCAGGUUGGUUCAAAGAUGGGUAAUGGAUUUCCUGAAUUUGGUGGUGGUAAUAUAAUAGCUUUAGAUGAAGAAAACAGGAGAAACCUUUCCUCUUACAAUAAUAAUACACCUUUUGGCGAUUCUUCCAUGGAUAGUUGUUUGACAUCAAACGAGAAUCUCGUUUCGCCAUCAUUUAAGAAGCGACCGAGGUCUACCCUGCUUGGAAAUCAUUCCAUCAUGCCCCAAGUGGGUUGGAUGAUGACUGAUAUUAGUUAAAAAUCUUUGUUGUUCUUCUUCAUCUCUUCUUUCUAUUGCUUGCAUUUAUGGAAAUAACCAUUAAACUCUUACUUUUAUUACACUCAACUUUUUUCCUCUUCCU